UUGUCAGUUGGUGGCUUCAUCUUUAGUCAACCAAACCAGACAAACCGGUAGUUUUAGGAGGAAAGGGGCAACGCCAAUUGCAGGAUUCUGUCAGAAACCGCUUUGAACCGGUUUCUUGUAUGGGGGUUGGAUCCUAUAAAAACGCUCCAAGCUGGCAGCAGCUUAUUCAUUUUGAGUAACACAGCAGACGUGAACAGGAUAGGCAUUUUUAAACGGGCGCUCUAUUUUCUUGCUACAGCGAGUGUAGAGAUUUAAAUAACAAAGGAAAACAGCAUAGCGUAGCUUGCAGUGUAAGCAACACCACUGAUUCUAAAAGAAGCCAAGUUUAUUUGUUGAAGGGAAGCGCUUUUGCAGUUCGCGGUACACAGAGUGGCUAUAGAGUAUACAAAGCAGGUGGGCCAGUGAGUAUAGGGUUUGGGUACCAGUACCACCGUAAAGAACAUCGAUCCUCCACGGCUACCUCCGGCUUCCGCUAUAAUGUGCAACCGACUUUGGUUCAUCACCGACCGCAGGAUUUUCGAGGAGUAUCCGCAGCAAGAAAUCCUCCGGGCUCUGCAGACGCGCUGUAGCGAUGAAGAUAUCGAAUUCAAACGGGUUUUAAUGGACGAAAUUGUGAUUACCAUCGAACAGGGGCUUUUGGGUCUGCGUGUCAAUGGGGAAUCGGUGUCCUCCUACCCCCAGGUGGCAGUAGUGCGAGUUCCCACCCCCUGGAUUCAGAGCGACAGUGACAUCACUGUGCUGAGACACCUGGAGAAGAUGGGCUGUCGCCUCAUGAACAGGCCGCAGGCCGUGCUGAACUGUGUCAACAAGUUCUGGACCUUCCAAGAGCUGGCUGGGCAUGGAGUCCCAUUGCCAGACACCUUCUCCUAUGGCGGUCACGAGAACUUUGCUAAGAUGAUUGACGAGGCAGAAGCGUUGGAAUUCCCCCUAGUCGUGAAAAACACACGAGGACACAGAGGCAAAGCUGUCUUCCUGGCUCGUGACAAGCCUCACCUGUCAGACCUGACUCACCUGAUCCGUCACGAUGCCCCCUACCUGUUCCAGCAGUAUGUGCAGGAGAGCCAUGGGCGGGACGUGCGGGUCAUCGUGGUGGGGGGGCGGGUGGUGGGCACCAUGCUGCGCUGCGCCACAGACGGGAGAAUGCAGAGCAACUGCUCUCUCGGUGGCGUUGGCAUGAUGUGCUCGCUGAGUGAGCAAGGCAAGCAGCUGGCUGUCCAAGCCUCCAACAUCUUGGGAAUGGACGUCUGUGGCAUAGACCUCCUGACCAAAUCGGACGGCUCCUUCAUGGUGUGCGAGGCGAAUGCCAACGUGGGUUUCAUCGCCUUUGACCGGGUCUGUGGACUGGAUGUGGCCGGGGUCAUUGCCGACUACGCUCUCUCGCUGCUGCCCUGCAGGGGCCUGCUGACCAGACGCAUGUCCCUGCUGUCUGUGGUGUCCAGCACCAGCAGCGAGGUCAGCGAGGAGGCAGACCCCCCUGGACCUGUCCUUCCUGGGGAUGGGCUGUCCAACACAUCCUUGGAUAGCAAUGAAGAACAGCAACUGCAGCAAGCUAGUUUUAAUAUCAAUAACAUCAAUCAGCUCAACCUCCUGGUGGAAUAACGCAGCAUGAAGUUAAAGAACUGAGAACUCCCCUGGCUUGACCCUGAUACCAUACAAGAACCACUUACAUUGAAGUAUGCAUUUCAUGAAUGUUCCGCAACCCUAACUAUGCCCUGCCUUUUUGUGUGGAGCUGUAUGCGAUACCUCUGUCUCAAAACUAAGCCGUUGUAUAUCAAUCCUGAGCUAUUCCUGGAUUUACUAUUGAGCCAUUUUGAUUUUAGGAGAAACUGAGGAAUGGCUCAAACAUCUCUGCAAUGGGAGUCUCAUCUCAUUAAAACCUAGUUUUUCAGGCUAGAGCUGCAUGGUUAUUUUGAUUGUAUUGUUGCUUUAUAACUUGGCAUGCUGCCCAGAUUGGUCUGUGCUAUUGCUGGCAAAACCAAAUUCCCUUGUGAUCCAGCCAUAUUUGCCAAUCACUGGGUAGGGGCAGGUCUCUGGAAGCCCCCUUUUUAAGAGGUUCUUUUCUCAUAAUAAAUAGUGAACCCUAUUUCAGGAACCUGCCAUUUUUAGAGAUGCAUUGUAUAAAGAAGCAAUCUGUAGUUAAGGGGUUGUUGUAAUAGAUGUGCUAGAGAUAAUUACAGUGCAUUUAGGGUUUGCAGUAACACACACUGGAGAGCUGCUGUCCUACUUUUUUUGCAUGACCUUCCAACAACAGAUAGGCUGGUAAGCAAGACAGCGGCUUCACACACCAAGGUAAAUGUAUCCCUGGCAUGGCUAGUUAAGUUGUGGAAUGUGCUUCUAAUUCUAAUAACAUUUGAUGGAUUUUAAAAAUGACAGAACUGCCUACACCCUUGUUGACAGUACCUGAAGCCAUUGGAGGACAAACGGGACUGGCCAUGUUCCUAAAACUUCCCAGAUCUGACUCUGUGCGUGUUCUGCAAGUCAGAUCUGCUGAACAGCAAAAUUAUCUUGCUUGUUCAUCCAUAACAUUAAAUGCUUAGCCCAAUAUACAUGCACAUGAGUACCUCUCCCAUAGAAACAUCUGCUUUGCUGUAGUGGAGCGCUUUAUUUGGACACAAGCGGCUGAUCAUGUGAUCACCAAUUUGUGUGUUGUUUUAUGUGGGAGGUCAUGACUUAAGGGAAUUUUGUAGCAAAUGCUAUAACCUGUUUCACAACCAUUUAAAACAAUCUGUUCCUGGUAAAGGUAAUUGGGUGGGGUGGACUACUACCAGGUUUCUGUCACGGCCUUGCAAUCAAAGGUGUCAAUGUAAAAUGUUAUGGUGCCGUUUUUAAAAAAGCAAUCCUUUCUGCUGUAGGGAGCAUGCUAUAAUAUAAUGCAUUCUAGUGCUUUUUAUAAAAUGCAGGCACUGCGUCUACAUUUGCUAAUUUAAAAGAAAAAAAUGUUGGUGUGCAGCACCAACUUUUAUAAUGCAACGCCACCCUCCUAAACCUUGGAUUUGUUCAAGAGAUUGUUUUACUUAAACAACCAUGCAAAUUAUUUUAAAUGUCUGUUUUUGAAGAAAUAAAACUGAUGCGGAAACACUUUCCAGUUCUGGUGUUUGCCCAGUCCUUGUACAGGUUUUCAUCACAAAGGAUUACAUGUA